AAAGUCGAUAAAGCCAUUGCACGGGAUAGCCAGGACGCCGGUUGGGCCUUACUGUUAUUGUACAAAUUGCAGCAACUACUACAUACCCUGCAGCUCUGUUUGCUCCUGGCCUCAUGGCUGCGGUGUAAUCAUGCUGACUGAGGACAGGGGCCAAGUCGCUGGGGAUAAAGGCUGCUUCAACAUGCCUGUAGACGGUUCGGAGGACCAGGUGCCCUCCUCUCUCUCCAGCCCUGCCAGUGCUGCCCACACCCCGGGGGCCACAGAGGAGGAUGGGGCUGCAGGGGGCUCAGCAGAAUGCUCUUUCCCUCAAAACAGUCAGGGCUCCGAGGCUGCUUCAGCCUUUUCUACCAACACUGGACCUGGGGAGGGCACCAGUGGUGGAAAGAGGUCUGCUGCCUUGCUUCAGAUCGACCGUCAGCGUAUCCAAGCAGCAUCAGCCAGUUCUGGAGCCGAUGAACUGCAGGGCCUCGGUGUGGCUGUGUAUGACCAUGACGUCCUUGAGCAAGGAGUCCUGCAACAAGUGGAUGAGGCAAUCCAUGAGGCCAAUCAGGCUGCUGCUAAAGCAGAGGCUGAGAAGGAAUACCACUCUGUGCUCGAUGAUGUCAGGUCUGUCACAACAUCUCUUAAACAAAUAAACAAGAUCAUCGAGCAACUGUCUCCCUAUGCUUCCUCCAGUAAAGAUAUCAGUAGGAAGAUUGAAUCUGUCAAACGACAGAAAGAAAAUAAGGAAAAACAGCUUAAGAAAGUCAGAGCCAAACAGAAGCGACUUCAGGCCAUUCUGGGAGGAGAGGAUGCAGAAAGGGUGGAAGCUGAGAUUUUGGCAGAUGAUGAUGAAGAGGAAGAGGCCGGGCCAUCCACGCUGGGCAGCAUGCUCAUGCCCUCUCAGGAGACAGAAUGGGAGGAGCUGAUCCGGACAGGUCACAUGACUCCCUUUGGAACACGAAUCCCACAGAAGGUGGAAAAAAAGGAGCCUCGAAAAGUGAUGCUUGUCGAGAACUCGGCUUUUGACCUGUACUUGGCGGACCAGGCCAAGAUGGCUACCGAUAGGAAGAAAGUCCCUCCUCUAAAGAAGAAGAGGAGCUCUGGCCCUAAUGAGGCCAGGACAAAAAAGGUUGUUUCCUCUUCCAAAGACAACAAGAUGAAGAAGCGCAUACGUAAGCUCCAGAUCACAGCUCUCAAGGCCCAUCCUAAAGCCCGACCUAAAGCUGAACCCCAGCUCCCUAAACCCAGGAGGAAGCUUCACACUGGGGAAGAGGAGACGGACAGCGAGGGGUCAGAGUACCUGCCCAGUGAUGAAGGCAUAGACCCUGACCAAGAGGAAAGAGAAGCCCGGGAGGAGGGCUAUGGAGAGGACGAUGGAGAUGAUUAUGAGUUGAAAGCAUACAAGAAGAAAAGUGAAGGGAAAGGGAGGAAGAAAGUUAAGAAAAAAGAGGAGAGUGACCAAGAAUACUGCCCCGAGAGUUCAGAUGAAGAGGUGGACGCAAAGGGUAAAGACAAAGGAAACAAAGAUGAUGGGGACAUGGAGUACUACAGACAGCGUAUAAGGAGAUGGAGGCGACAACGUCUUCGAGAAAGGGAGGAUAAGAGAGAGAGGGGGGAGGAGCUUACAGAUGACAGUGAUGAAGAAUUUGACGAAGGCUUCAAAGUGCCUGGUUUCAUCUGGAAAAAACUUUACAAGUACCAGCAGACAGGUGUUCGGUGGCUGUGGGAGCUCCACUGUCAGCAGGCAGGCGGCAUCCUGGGAGACGAGAUGGGGUUGGGUAAAACCAUCCAGGUCAUCUGCUUUCUGGCCGGACUGAGCUACAGCAAACUGAGGACCAGAGGAUCCAACUACAGGUACGAAGGUUUGGGUCCGACGGUCAUCGUGUGCCCGGCCACAGUCAUGCACCAAUGGGUGCAGGAGUUUCACACCUGGUGGCCUCCUUUCAGAGUGGCUGUGCUACAUGAAACUGGCUCUUACACCAGCAACAAGGAAAAGCUUAUUCCAGAGAUAGCAGCAUGUCAUGGUAUCCUGAUAACCUCAUAUUCUGCUGUGAGAAAUUUGCAAGAAACCCUGCAGCGCUACAAUUGGCACUACAUUAUUCUGGAUGAAGGUCAUAAGAUCAGGAAUCCAAAUGCAGGAGUUACCACCGCCUGCAAACAGUUUCGCACCCCCCACAGGUUCAUCCUGUCUGGCUCUCCGAUGCAGAACAAUUUAAAGGAGCUGUGGUCUCUGUUUGACUUUGUCUUCCCCGGCAAACUGGGGACAUUACCUGUCUUCAUGGAGCAGUUCUCUGUGCCGAUCACCAUGGGAGGGUACAGCAAUGCCUCACCUGUACAGGUCCAGACGGCGUUUAAGUGUGCGUGCGUGCUGAGGGACACCAUAAACCCUUACCUGCUCAGAAGAAUGAAGGCAGACGUCAAGGACAACCUCUCCUUACCUGACAAAAAUGAACAGGUUCUGUUCUGCAGAUUAACAGAAGACCAACGGGAGGUUUAUCAAGGCUUCCUAGAUUCCAAAGAGGUCUACCAAAUACUUAACGGCGACAUGCAGGUAUUCUCAGGUUUGAUAGCACUCCGAAAGAUCUGUAACCACCCCGACCUUUUCUCGGGGGGGCCCCGGAUGUUGAGGGGAAUCCCAGAGGAGCAGCUAACUAAGGAGGAACACUUUGGAUAUUGGAAGCGCUCGGGCAAGCUGAUCGUGGUGGAGUCGCUGCUGCGCCUCUGGUUCAAACAGGGCCACAAAGUGCUGCUCUUCACGCAGUCCAGACAGAUGUUGCACAUCUUUCAGGUAUUUGUGACGGAGAAUAACUACUCGUACCUGAAAAUGGACGGCACGACUCCAAUAGCUUCCCGACAGCCCCUCAUCGCUCGCUACAACGAGGACAAAUCCAUUUUUAUCUUCUUGUUGACCACUAAAGUCGGAGGUCUGGGAGUCAAUCUGACUGGAGCCAACCGAGUCAUCAUCUAUGACCCAGACUGGAACCCAAGUACCGACACACAGGCACGGGAGCGGGCGUGGAGGAUUGGUCAGACACAGUCAGUGACGGUGUACAGACUGCUGACUGCCGGGACCAUCGAGGAGAAAAUCUACCACAGGCAAAUCUUCAAACAGUUUCUGACCAACCGCGUUCUGAAGGACCCCAGACAAAGACGCUUCUUCAAGUCUAACGACAUCUAUGAGCUCUUCACCCUGACCGACCCUGAUGGAGCUCAGGGAACAGAGACCAGUGCCAUAUUUGCUGGUACAGGUUCUGAUGUCAUGGCACCUAAAACACCUCAGAGGCCAAGGCCAUCGCACAAGGUAAACCAUAGACACUCCUCAGCUAACCAGAAUGAAACCGGUGAGGACAACAGACACUCCGCAGGAAACAAUUCUCUAUGUAUUACAAACUCUCCGGGUCAACCAAAUGCCCCUACAGACAGUCGAAGAACAAACCAAAAUGACCUCUAUGUAGAAGAUAAUAUUUCAGCAAAAACACAGGAUACAGGACCAAAUAACAGAGACGCAGCUCGCCAACACAGAGACAGAGACUCUGCCCUCACCAGCCCACAGAAGCACAGGGAAAAGAGGAAGCACUGCAGCUCAGGUUCGGAUAAACACAAACAUAAGAAGCGAAAGCACUCUAAGGAUUCUCGGUUUGAAGGCCAACGCAUCUCUCACCUGGUGAAGAAUAAGACCUUUCAGAACGCAGACGAUGACGGGGAGAAGCAAUCUGAUGAUUACGUCCUGGCAAAGCUCUUCAAGAAAUCUGGUAUCCACAGUGUGAUGCAGCAUGACACCAUCAUGGAGUCCUCCAACCCUGAUUAUGUUCUGGUGGAGGCAGAAGCCAACAGGGUGGCCAAAGAUGCCCUAAGAGCGCUCAAAGUCUCUCGCCAGCAGUGCAGGCUGUCCUACAGCAGACCCUCUCCUGCCCCUGAACCUGCCAGGAAACGGUUUGGACAAAAGAAUAAUUCUCUCCUGGUUGCAUCUUCGGCUAAAUCCGUCCCUAAUCCUGGCAAAUGCAAGGAUGCUGCUAUUGUGAAGAAGUAUUUGACAAAGAAGCCCGGUGCAGGAGCCCUCUUCAGUGGGGACGGCUUGGAAAGUGACUCAAACUCCACCCCGCUCUCCUCCUCCUCCCUGCUGGCCAAGAUGAAAGCCCGCAAUCAUCUCAGCGUGCCCUGCAGCCAAAGAGAAGACGCCGAAGAAGAGGAGGAGGGCUCGGCCGCUCCAGGAACAAGCCUCCCCCCGGCUCCGCCCACAGAGCACGACGAGCUGUUGGUGGAUGUGCGGAACUUCAUAGCCUUCCAGGCCAAUGUGGACGGAGAGGCCACCACACAGGAAGUGCUGGAGUAUUUCAAACCGAGACUGACGGAGAAACAGGCGCCCGUCUUCAGAGAGCUGCUCAGGAGCAUCUGUGACUUCCACAGGAGAACCGGUCAGGAGGGCCUGUGGAGACUGAAGGAGCGCUUUCGCUGAGGGAAGAAGAAAGACUGAGCUGUGAUGCAUAUUUUAGGAACUGUCAGCAAUGAGUCCGUAGAGAUCAAGCCGAGAUCAUCUUUUGGUUUAUUUGUUUUUCAUUACAAUUUGUUUUUAGUCUAAUUGAAAUGUCUGUCUGGCAAAAUCACUCAAACUGGAUCAAAAAGGGGGUUUUCACAGUAUUACAUUUUGUUUUGGGAACACUAUUGUAGGUAAAGAUAUGUUACUGUAUGCAAUGUAAGCUAAUGUUGGAGAAGCUUGUAAACAUAAAUCAUUACCAUUUCAUCGUCAGUUCAACAACGUGGUAAAUGAGUCUGCUGCAAUGUGAGUCGGUUUGAGAUUUGUGCUUGUUUACAAAUAAUUGUUGUUCCUGAUAAUACUUGAAUACUUUGUUUUUAUAUCAGCCUAAAAGUUAAAACUGUUUUACCUCGAGUUAUUAUUUACUGUGAGAAAUGUGUUUGCUCUCAAAUUCUUUGUUGAUUAACGGUCUCACUUGUGCCAUAUUUUGUAAUAUAAUGCGGGAGUCAUUUUGUAAAUGUGACCAAAUCAUUGUAGGUUCUGGUAGAUUUUGUAAUUACUGACUUUUCUUAACAUGUUCAAGAAUAUCUAAGUUAUAGUCAAAUGUUUUGCAUUUACUGUGUGAAAUAAACCUCUGAAGCUGCUUGUUGUUUCCAGUUUGGUUAUCAACAUUGGAAUAAAAAAGACAUCAAUUAUGUUAAACGAU